GCUCCGCAUUCGGUUCAGUUGCUUUCAAAACAUCGUCGAUAGCAGUUCGUGCGUUGACUUGGUAGUAGUAGAUCGUUUCGCGCUACUCUGACGACUUAAGUUGGUUGCAAUACACUAUAGUAAUUCUUUCUGUUGCGAUUUCUUGUGUGCGGUUCGCGGUAGCUGGCGCAUUUGUGGCCAUAAAAUAGUGAAAUUAAAAAAACAAACUACUAAGCAGAAUCUAAAUACCACCUUUCCAUCCAACUCCGCCUCGCAGCAGCCACAGUAUGCCGCAACGCGACGGCAUUGGCAUCAUAAAAAAACUGCGACGAUCUGCCUCGGCCACCGACAACAAUGUCAGCGAAUUGCGUAAACGACGAUCCAGCUCAGCGUUACUGGAUCAAAAUGGCAUACCUAUAGAUCUGAAUAAAUUUCGAAAAGUUUUGGACAAAGACGAUAAUGGUAACAAUGGGGAAAAGAAACAGAGAUAUCGGCGAACGCAGAGUGUUACGCGCGCCGAGGAGAUACAAAGCAAAGAGGAGAAACAACGUAAAGAGCAGCCAGACAAACCUUGCCACCGGCCGCGCGACUCACUGUUUUCAUGGAGUUCGGGAUUUAGUAAUUUCACGGGACUCGUCAACUGGGGCUUCCUGCUAUUAACUAUUGGGGGAUUUCGACUGUGUUUAGAAAAUCUUUUAAAAUAUGGUAUCAGAAUAAAUCCAUUGGAUUGGUAUUUCUUUUUAAGUGGUAAAAAUGAAGGACAAGAAGGACACGCUUCAUUAUUGUUGAUUUUAUACUCCUUUGUGCACAUCUCGAUUUGUCUGAUGGUGGAAAAGGGUUUGGCAAUGGAAAUCCUCUCAGAAUCCUUUGGAAUGUUUGUCCAAGUGGCCAAUAUAAUAUUGGUUGUUUUCUUACCUGUAGUCAUAAUACAUCUAAAGGGCGAAGCAUUCAGUUUAAUUGGCGCAUCCACUGUAUGUACAAUUUAUUCUCUACUUUUCCUGAAGUUAUGGAGCUAUGUGCAAACGAAUAUGUGGUGCCGUCAGACCUAUUACCUUAAGCAAUACAACCCGCGUGAGCGACGCCCAAGUAUAACAGUAGCUGAGUUGCGAAAUGGUUUCAUUGAUGAUGAAGUCGACGAGGAUAUACCUAAGCUAGUACAAUAUCCAGACAAUCUUUGCUAUAAGGACCUAUUCUACUUUCUACUUGCUCCAACCUUAUGCUAUGAGCUAAACUUCCCUAGAACGACACGUGUACGCAAACGUUUCUUGUUGAAGCGCCUGUUAGAGGUACUAUUCGGCUUUAAUGUUAUCAUGGCUCUAUACCAACAAUGGAUUAUACCAUCAGUGCGCAAUUCACUUAUACCUUUCUCGAAUAUGGAAAUCGGUUUAGCCACUGAGAGGCUACUUAAAUUGGCGUUACCUAAUCACUUAGUUUGGCUGUGCUUCUUCUACUUGCUAUUCCAUUCAUUUCUGAAUGCGGUAGGUGAAUUAUUACAUUUCGCAGAUCGCAAUUUCUAUAGUGAUUGGUGGAAUGCCAAUAAUAUUGAUACGUUCUGGCGCACAUGGAAUAUGCCGGUGCAUAGAUGGUGUGUGAGACAUCUGUACGUACCUGUGGUAAAAAUGGGCUACUCUUCCCCGCAAGCAUCAACUAUUGUUUUCCUUAUAAGCGCCUUCUUCCAUGAAUACUUGGUAUCCAUUCCGCUUCAAACCCACAAGAUAUGGGCUUUCCUCGGCAUGAUGGCUCAAAUACCGCUUUCGGCGAUAUCAAAAUCAAUUGAACGUAAAAUGGGACCACGCAUGGGCAACAUCGUUGUGUGGGCAUCGAUAAUAUUGGGGCAACCGCUUUGUAUAAUGAUGUAUUACCACGACUAUGUUGUGACGCACUACCAUGAUUCUUUAAAUAGUACCGUUUAUACUGAGGCCUAGAUAAUACUACAUUUACUUUAUUAUUUGAUAGGAAAGCAAAUAGAACCGAGUACUUAGAAUGCAGUAGAUGCAAAGUUGUUAGGAUGGUAGCACACGGGAAAGACAGACAAUGCUUUUUUAGGCAAAAUAAUAAAAACGAACUUUAGAAGCAAAUUAUUAUUAUAAUUUGUAAUUUUUAUAACUCAAAAACGCAUCAUAUAAGUGGUGUUUUCUUAAUUAAAGUUUGCUACUGAACAAAGAAAACGAUAAAUUGUAUCUACUUUUUAGAGUUUUAGACAUAAACUGAAUUGUUUUUGCAUUUAAAGUAAUUUUUGAUUGUUAAGUUACACUGCAUGCCUUAAAAUAAAAUACAUACCAAUAUAGUAGUUGGUUUAAGUUUUGUAAAUAAAUACAAUCGAAAUAAAAUUAAA